UAUCACUCCUUUCGAUUAGUCUUCGGACGUGCGGCUGGACGUGUUCAACUCCGUGGAUGAAAAAUGUUGCUGCCGGUUGUGCUUGCAGUUGUGGCAGCGGUCUUAACACCUGCUGCCUCCGACGACAUUUUGGAAGGAUUUUGUGAAGGUGUUACAGCCGGGAUAUUUCCCCAUCCGGAUCCGCAACUGUGCUACAAGUACGUUUCCUGUGUCUUCGAGGAGUUUAACGUUUACCAAUGUGCGGAAGACUUCGUUUUCGAUGACGAACUAUUCGAAUGUGUCCCUGGCAGUUGGGAUGAUUGUAUCUCAAAUGUGGAUCCAGAGUUGGAAGAGUUUUGUUCGGAGGUGUCGUUUGGUGUUUUUGAGUACCCGGGUAAUUGCACGCGAUUUAUAUUCUGUGAACUAGGACGGCCAACGGUUAUCGAUUGUUUAGAGGACGAGAUUUGGUGGCAAGAGCAGGGCGUCUGUUUGUUUGGUAACCGCGACACCUGCCAGCCGGGCGAUAUCUUCUGUAUGGGAAGACCGGAUGGAAUAAUUCCUCAUCCGAAUGGGUGCGAGUUUUUCAUCGAGUGCCUCAAUGAGAGAAGUACCGAAUUGGAGUGCCCUAGAGGGCACAUUUUCUCGUUUGGGUUGAACGAAUGCGUGGUCGGAAGUGCUCAAACCUGCCGCUCGCUGGAGGAUGUGUGCGUAGAAUCGUCCGAAUCAGCUCAUCCGCAUCCGGAUUUCUGUGAUUCGUUUAUUCGGUGUGAGAAUAAUCACGCUCGCAUCGAGGAUUGUGGGGAAAACGAGAUUUUCCGACCAGAUAUUCGGUUCUGCGUUCCCGGAGAUGCACAGACCUGUAUUCCCAGCAGGCCGGAAGUUGCCUGCGAAGGAAGACCCGAUGGAAUUGUGCCGCAUCCGGAUGAGUGUAAUCAGUUCAUAAGAUGCGAGGGUGGUUCCGCUAUUGUAGAAACAUGUCCUACCGGAAUGAUUUUAAGACCUGAAUUGGCAGAAUGCGUUGCUGGAGAUUCGGAAACCUGCGAAUUAAUGGAUGGAGUGUGUGUAGGUCGUCCGAAUGGAUACGUCAUCGAGCAUCCAAAUUACUGCGGUAUGUUUAUAUGGUGUCAGGAUGGGGAGGCUCAAGUACAUAAUUGCCCGUGGGAAGAAAUUCUUCGUCCGGAUAUGCAGUUCUGUGUCCCUGGUAACUCGGAAACCUGUGACGCCGACCCAAUAGAAGAAAUGUGCGAUGGAAGAUCUGGACCAGUUAUCUAUCCCCAUCCGUAUCGUUGUGAUCAGUAUAUGAUAUGUGAAGAAGAAAACCAAAAUAUUUUUACCUGCCCUGAUGACCACAUUGUAGAACCAGGAACGAUUCGUUGUGUACCGGGAAACCCUGAAACUUGUACGCUGUAUAACAAACUAUGCGUGGGUCGGCCGGAUGGUGUAAUUCCGCAUCCAUCCCGAUGUCAGCUGUACAUCAGCUGCUAUGCAGAACAGGUCACCAUCGAGUCUUGCCCUGAUGGGCACAUAUUCGAUUCCACCGAGUCUCGGUGCAUUCCAGGAAAUACGGAAACCUGCGAUAAUCUGGACGACUAUUGCAUCGAUCUUCCGGAUGGUAUUAUCCCGCAUCCAAAUCGUUGCGAUCUAUUCAUGAGGUGCAGCGAUGGAGUGACCUCGGUGCACUCUUGUCCUUGGGGAGAAAUCCUUCGACCGGAUAUGGAGUUCUGUGUACCCGGCGAUAGGGACACUUGUGAAGUGACCCCAAUCGAAAAAAUGUGCGCAGGUAGAGAGGGACCGACUAUUUAUCCACACCCAGAAGAUUGUACGGUGUGGAUAAAAUGUCUUGAUGGACAGCUAACCGUACAAUCAUGCCAGGAAGGUAAUGUUAUACAGCCAGGGACAAUACAGUGCGUACCAGGAAACAGCGAAACCUGUGAGUUAUACGUCGAUCGUUGUGCAGAUAUAGAGCAAGGUCUAUUACCGCAUCCAUCUGGAUGCCAUCUUUUCCUUCGAUGCACCGAUGGACAAACCUCGGUUGGUACCUGCGUACGAGGAACCAUAUUCGUUUCGAACGGCUCGGGCGGCAGUUGUGUUGUGGGUAAUAUUGAAACCUGUGAAUCCCUCAUUGAUGUGUGUGGCGCACUUCCCGAUCAAGUUAUACCGCAUCCCAACUAUUGUGAUCUUCUCAUCGAAUGCCGCGACGGUGUGACCACCAUGCGUCCUUGUGCCGAAGGCUUAAUACUGCAUCCAAACAUGCAGGUUUGCUCGCCCGGUGAUGCUGAUAGCUGUGAACACCUUCCAGUGGAGGAUAUGUGCCUGGGACAACCGCAAGCCAUCUUUCCACCUCCAGAUCAAACACAAUGUUCGGAUUUCGUGAUUUGCUCCAAUGGUUUAGCAACGGUCAGUACGUGUCCCGUUGGUACUGUUUUGCGGCCCAGAUUUUUAGACUGCGUCCCAGGUGACAUCGAAACGUGCGAGUACUUUCCACAUCUUUGCCUGUUUCGACCAAACGAAAAUAUUGCUCAUCCAACCAGAUGUGAUCUGUUCAUAUCUUGUAUUUCGGAGGUGGCACACAUUGUUCCCUGCGACAGAGGAGCAACCUUUGCACCAGAAACUGGACUGUGUGCUCCAGGAGAUCAGGACACCUGUGAAAGCUUCUUUGACAUGUGCGACGGACUAGAAACGGCGAUUCUAGAGCAUCCCAUCCACUGUGAUGUGUUUGUCGUGUGCAUGUCCGGACAGGCUGUCGUAUUUGCUUGCAGCAUCGGACAGAUUCUAGACCCAGAGCGUUUGGUCUGCGCACCAGGUGAUGCUGACACCUGCGAACUUUAUCCUAUGCCUGAAACGUCCAUUGGAAGCUGCCUCCCACAAGAAGCACCCGGUUGCGAGCAGAAAGCUAUAACCAUCACCGAUGAAAUCUGUGAAAAAUCCGGAACUUACAACGUUCCUUACCCGUUCGCUUGCCAAAAGUACGUUCAGUGUAUAUCCCGUAGAGCUAGAGUUCGCGAUUGCCCCCAGACGCAUGUGUUUAACUCAAUGCUUAACAUUUGCAUUCCAGGAACGGCGACCAAAUGCAAAGUAAAAUAAAUGUUGUUAUUCCUCUCGA